AUGGAGAUGAAGCUCGAAGAGGAGCUUGCGGCUGCUGACCACGUGGUUUUCGAGCUCUUCGUCGAUGAGACUGACUGCCGUGCCGCCCCAGUCUGCACCAAGUACGGUUCCCAACAGACCAAAAUCGGUGCAGCUUCUAUUUGCGGCCCCACUUUAGAUCCAGCAAACACUGUGCGGAUUGCACAGAAAAAGAACAAGAUUCGUGCGGUAUACAUCAUGAACGAUAUUCUCAGUAGUGGUGUGAGGGUCGACCACACCGCCUCAUGCUGGACACACUCAUGA